AUACUUCCCAGUAUGCAGCAAGCUUAGCCGAUGUGCGCAUGCACCUUCCAAACGUGGGGGGGCCGACUCCUCUUUCCUCACCCCGCGCGGUCCCAUCAUGCACCUGGACUGCAGCGCUUCGGAACUAGCGCGCGUGCGCAAGACUCAAACAAGGUCUCGGUGACCCCGGAAGCGGCUGUCCGCCGCGGGGCCGUCACAUCCUGCCAGCGUUUUGUGCGGGAGCCGGGCCGCGGUGCGGAGCGGAGCGGAGGUGCGGGGAAGGUCGCCACUAUGACGGACCGCUACACGAUCCACAGCCAGCUGGAGCACCUGCAGUCCAAGUACAUCGGCACGGGCCACGCCGACACCACCAAGUGGGAGUGGCUGGUGAACCAGCACCGCGACUCCUACUGCUCCUACAUGGGCCACUUCGACCUGCUCAACUACUUCGCCAUCGCCGAGAACGAGAGCAAGGCGCGCGUGCGCUUCAACCUCAUGGAGAAGAUGCUGCAGCCCUGCGGGCCGCCCGCCGACAAGCCCGACGAGUCCUAGCGCCGCCCCGGCCCGGCCCCGCCCCGCCCUGCCAUGCGCCGAGCCGCGACCCACCCCGGCGGGGACACCGGCAGAGAGGCCUGAGGGGCUCCCAAGGCCGAAGACGAACGGCGCCUGCGGUGGGACUGACGGGCACGGGUGCCUCCAUGCCCACGUGUUGGGUACAGUGGACUCCUGGCGUUUCUUCACCCUCAUGUUUUUUUAAUGUGAAAGACAAACGUCCUGGGCAUUUCCUGAUUGCAUCUGGCGGGGGUCUGCGGGAGCCCUAGCUGCAGGAAGAGGGCUGGCUGCACUCACUGCUGUUUUCCUUUUUGUAUUUGAAUGCGAUCACUUGUAGGGAAAUAUGUGUAACUUGUUCUGACUGCAAAAUUUAAGUUUUCAUCUUUCAAGUGUUUCAAUACAGACAACUGAAAUCUCUGUAGAGAUGGAUAUAUAUAUAUAUAUAUAUAUAUAUAUAUAUAUAUAUAUAUAUAUAUAUAUAUAUAUAUGUGUGUAUAUAUAUAUAUAUAUAUUUUUUUUUUUUUUUCUAUAAAAUAUAUGUACAUGUUGAAUUUUGGGCUAUUGCUGCAAAGCUGUGGGCAUGGGCGGGGGAGUGAAGAAACUGAAAUUAUCUCUCUUCAUCCACCUCCUCCCACACAAACCCCUCUCACUUUAUGGCUUUCAUAAAGUCAGGAAUGUCCGCUGAUUUCCGGCCCUGUGUUGUGGAGAUCUCAUAAGCCAUACUUUCACCGUAAGGUGCAGGCAUGAUGGUACUCGCAAUUCUCUGUGUAUUACGUCUAGUGCAAGACAACAUUGUCACCUUAUGGCUUAAGUAAUAUAUCGCUGUGCAAUGCAGCAACACACAGAGGAUUGAAACUGAUGGCUUAUUUCUUUAAAUAGCUUGUUUUAUAUCUUCCUUUUUCUGAGUUCUCAGUGUCGCUUCGGUUGUUUUCUUAACCCCUGCUGUUUUCUUAACUUUCCUCUUCACCUUUUCUCUUCUGUACAACAGCAAAAUUAAAUUUUAAUCUUUAAAGUGCUUGGAUACAGACAAGCUUCCAUGUAUAAAACAUGGGCUGGAGGAGGAGAGGUCUAGGAAAAGCCAAAAGAUUCUCUGCUAAGGGAUUUUUUUUUUUUCCCCUCUUUCCCCUGUUGCGACAAACUUGAGCUCUUCCUUUAGGUCUGUUCCAUUCAAGAGUGAAGUGCUUAGAACCCGUGUGUGGACAAAAUCUGUUUGGGUGAUAAAAGGAUAAAGCAAGCAUGCAGCUACAAAACUGUUACCCGUGUAGAAUGAAUAUUGCUGCUCCUGAUUUGUUGCAUAACUUGAGUAAAAAAAAAAAAAAAUGUUUCUGUUAGCAAAAGUUAAUGUCAUGUAUUCCAGUUACAUGCAUACUAAGCAAAAGUAUAAUUUGGUUAACAGCAUAAUACGAUGCCAGUUCAAGUAUUUUGCCUAUUUACAUUGUAAUAAAUAUAACUUCAGCAUC